AUGUUUCCCCUCCGCAGCGUUCUUAUGUUUGUGCUGACACUUUGCUUGGUGUGCAGAUUUCUAGAAGGACAAAAGUCCUUGAACGUACUACUCUUUCGGAAAAUCGUCACCGACCACCACAGGAAGUUCAUAUCCCUGUAUGAGGUUGCGAUCAGCCGGGACCACACCACGGUCAACUUCACACUGAACCUUGUGCGCAACAUCACGGCGGAUAUAUGGCUUAGGGCUACGAUAGGGCAGCGGGUGUCCAAGAACGGGGAAUCCUACCGGGACGUCUUCACCUACAACGUGAAUCUCUGCCAGGUGAUGGGCAGGGGCAAGGGCAAGGGCAACAGCCUGAUCAACUUCUGGCUGAACAGCAUCCUCAGGCACUCCAAUAUGCCACAAAUCUGCCCACUCAAGGAGGGCAACUACUAUAUGCGCAACAUCCGAUCGGAAAAGGAGACCAUUCCGCGGUUCAUUCGCUCGGGCAGCUUCCGCAUAGACUCUAAUGCUUAUGUGAGGGACUGGCACGGCGCCAAUUUGACAGUGACAAUCGCUUACGUCGACAUAAAAAUGAAGUGA